CAGAUUGUUGCGGCCAUUCUCGACUAUCUUCUUGGAUGGCGAUUAAAAAUGUCACUUCACGACAACAAUAGAUCCCUUUCUCCCACUAGGCAACGAGCAGACAGUCCUUCGCGUCAACCACAACAGCGUAUACAAAAUGAUAGAGAAAGAGAGCAGCAGCGAAUAGGCACUCGGGCGCUUAUUGGACGGCACUCAAAAGAUCGGAACCUGAGCAUCUUCCUGGAGGAAAGGAAAAUUGUAUCUGAGGAUGGAGCAAGAUGGCCGCACCUUGCAGGGUUGGUGACUGUAGAUCCUGUAGGUGCUAGGGGACUCCUUCUGGAAAAAUAUGUUCCCUACGCAGAAGUGCAAUGCAUUCUUUUGUACCGGACGGCGCUGGGCGCCGUGAUAGAAAGGGUUGUCUAUAACCGGACAAGCCAAUUGCGGGAAUUGCCAUCAAAUGCGGAUAGUUCGUCGGCUACCACAUGGGAGGGCACUCAACCGGGGCGUCGAAGAUAUCCAUUUUUCUUCGACUUCGGAAAUGAUGCGCUACCUCCCUCAUUUUGUUUUGAUCCAACGGACCUCCAUGAAGGUGUUCCGAUUGGACUUCAUUGGGAAGUUAUGGGCUUCUUGGGACAAAAGGUCAUGGUCACCGAAGACGGGAUGGCUUCCUUGAGUAUGGAUAGCGCUGGAAAUAUGUUGCAAGGAGCGUCGUAUACGUUUCGAAGACAGUCGCUGGUAACACUCAACUUCCAUGUGGAGCACCGGCACACUCUUUCGGGACUAGCCCUACCACCAAUGACAUCCACUCAAACGCUUCGCCCAUCCCUAUUUUCAUUUGGACGAUCAUCGCAACCUGAGACAACCGUCACUGCUACUCUUGAGCGUCCGCUAUGCAGUUCCGAAGCACCUUUGAAAGUGAAUGUUGAGCUUACCAAGCUCCACAAAUCUCACCGUGUCCAGCGAAUUCGUCUCGUUGCCAAACAAAUCAUUACUAUCCGCCUACCUACCCAACAGCAGUUACAGUACAAAGCAAAUAUCGCUGUAGCGGAGGAUACUCCUGCUCCACGGUACGACCCGUCAAGCAAUAACGAGUUCAACGGUGUUUAUGCGUUGCAUGUUGGCCGAGGGAUCCCAGAGAAACCGAAGAAAGGCAAAAGUCCGGCGCGGGUGAUACCGUUGGAUUGGUUUAAGAAUCCCGUGCCGUUAUCCGCGGCAAAGGAAUUUGUUGCGUCUACUCCUCCGGUGAAGUCCUUCGAUGACGCUUGGGGCCUCGAGGUCAAGUACGUUUUGAAAGUGGAGGUAUCCCUCUCCGACUCGAGCGGGACGUUCGGAACUAGGGAACGUGAGUUGGAAGUGUCUUUGCCGUUCAUACUGACCGGGGUUCCAGAGGACGAGGCUCCAGCGGCAGCUGCGAUUGUAUCACCAUCCCGUCGUUCCUCAACUUCAGAAGAUACUGUACCCACCGCACCCGACGCGCUACUUCCCUUACUUUCCGAAACCUUGGAUGAUCUUGAGCAAUCUACGGCAGAUGUAGCGAUUUUGCGCCAGGAAUGGCGAAGCUUACGCAGUGAAUCGACAAAUUGCACUAGGUCUUCGGACCAUGCCCACGAGAUACUUGAUAUUCUGGGGAUGCUAACCAGGCAACUUAAAGUUUUUGCGGAAAGUUACUCUGUUAGUGACGGUGCGGUCCGUUGGCCCAAAAACCCGGUUCCCUUCAAUAUGCUCGUGCUCGAAACAGAGCUACUAGCUCGAGCUGCACCGGAUGAGUUGACAGUUGAGGCUCAAGACACCGCGGGACGCACUGGUGGAGCUGCCGAAAACAGUGUAUCCGUGGUGGACGCUGUCUUGAAGGCCACCGAUGCCUUCUUUUCCGCCGGUAAAUCAGUCGUUCUUGCGUGGAUCGCCUCACGUGGCGGAACCCACGACGCUGCAGAAUCUGAAGAAUUUUCAAGAAAGGUCGAUACUCUCGAAAAUGCAAUAAACAGCUUGAAGAGGGGAUUGGAAGCGAUUGUCGCAGGGGCCGAUCAGGAGUUUGUGCAGGCUGAAGAUUUAGACAAAGAUAGGGAAACCUCAGCUUUGGAAGCGUAAACCACUUAAUAAAACUCUUGUCAAAAUUACAAUUGAGUGCUUAGCA